UGUGACGUAUUUAAUCUGCGACCAGAACGUAGUUGGAGCACCUUUAGCAGACGCAGGAGGAAAUCAGCUAAUAAACAUUCUGGGUUUUCGCUUAAAACAGGCCUUGUUGGUUUAUCGCGCUGCUUUUUAGUCACUAACAUUUUCUCGGACGGAAUUUGAUCCGAGAUGUCUCUGGCUGAUGAGCUCCUGGCUGAUCUGGAGGAAGCUGGAAAUGAGGGAGAAGACGGAUUAUAUCCAGAAGAAGAGGAAGUGGAUAGUGAUGGAGAGAGGACUCAGGGAAGGAUGGAGGGAGGCCUGGAAGAUAUUCCAGAGGAGAUGGAGGUGGAUUACAGUAAAGCCGAGAGUGUUGCAUCCAUUGCCAAGCUCCGCAAUAGCAAACAGUUUUCGGAAAUUAUUGAAAAAAUCUCAGAAUAUAUCGGAAAGCAGCGCAAAAACUCAGAUGUUUCAGGCCCAGUUGAGGCUGACCCAGAGUACAGGCUGAUCGUGGCAGCCAACAACCUCACAGUGGAGAUCGACAACGAGCUCAACAUAAUUCAUAAAUUUACAAGAGACAAAUAUUCCAAGAGGUUUCCCGAGCUUGAGUCUUUGGUGCCAGAUUCUUUGGAUUACAUCCGCACCGUCAAGGAACUGGGAAACAAUCUGGAGAAAUGUAAAAACAACGAAACACUGCAGCAGAUCCUGACCAACGCUACUAUUAUGGUCGUCAGCGUCACAGCGUCAACUACGCAGGGGUCACUGCUGAGUGAGGAUGAACUGAAGCAGCUCGAAGAGGCUUGUGACAUGGCCCUGGAGCUGAACCAGUCCAAACACAGAAUAUAUGAGUACGUGGAGUCCAGAAUGUCAUUCAUAGCCCCCAACCUGUCCAUCAUUGUGGGAGCAUCAACCGCCGCCAAGAUUAUGGGAAUCGCUGGCGGUCUCACUAACCUUUCAAAGAUGCCAGCCUGUAACCUGAUGCUGCUGGGAGCUCAGAGGAGAACCCUGUCUGGCUUCAGCAGCACGUCCCUGCUUCCUCACACAGGCUUCAUCUACCACUGCGACGUGGUGCAGUCGUUGCCACCUGACCUCAGGAGGAAGGCGGCCCGUCUGGUGGCAGCUAAAUGCACCCUGGCUUCACGAGUGGACAGCUUUCAUGAGAGUUCGGAUGGAAAGGUUGGCUAUGAUCUAAAAGAAGAGAUCGAGAGGAAGUUUGACAAAUGGCAGGAGCCGCCGCCGGUGAAGCAGGUCAAACCCCUGCCGGCGCCGCUGGACGGACAGAGGAAGAAGAGAGGAGGAAGAAGGUAUCGAAAGAUGAAGGAGCGACUCGGGCUGACUGAGAUCAGGAAGCACGCCAACAGAAUGACCUUUGCAGAGAUUGAAGACGAUGCUUAUCAGGAGGAUCUGGGCUUCAGUCUGGGUCAGCUGGGAAAGAGCGGCAGCGGCCGAGUCAGGCAGGCUCAGGUCAACGAGGCCACCAAGGCGAGGAUAUCCAAGUCCCUGCAGAGGACGCUGCAGAAGCAGAGCAUGACGUACGGCGGAAAGUCCACGGUCAGAGAUCGCUCGUCAGGAACCAGCUCCAGCGUGGCUUUCACUCCCCUGCAGGGCCUGGAGAUCGUAAACCCGCAGGCCGCAGAGAAGAAGGUGGCCGAGGCCAACCAGAAAUAUUUCUCCAACAUGGCCGAGUUCCUCAAAGUCAAGAAGGAAUCCAAGAUGUGAACAUAUUUAAUCUGCUGCAAUGUGCUUUACGCUGUUUUUUUUUCUUCCUACAGUUUUAAUAAAACGUUUAGAUUCAUUU